AUGAUGAUCCUAGUUUUCCUAUGGGCCAGUAUUUCCGGUGCUGCGUCAGUAUUCGCAGCGAGUCUGGAGGAACUCUGUACAACUUUUCAUACAAGAAACACGCUUCUCAAGACGCAGUUCCAAGGCCUCACGUUGGAUCAACCUUCUGUCACAUCUCAGCCAGUCUACAAUUCAUCCACCACGGGGCAAAUAUUCUGGCCAGAUUACAGUGGAUUCGAUUUUUGUAAUGUCACAUUUUCCUAUUCCCAUAAUGGGCUCAAGCAAGACAAGGUUCUUUUAGAGAUUUGGCUGCCGGCCCCCAAGCGAUUCCAAAAUCGUUGGUUGUCUACUGGAGGUGGCGGCUACGCCAUCAACUCGGAGGAAGAAAGUCUCCCAGGAGGCGUGAUCUAUGGCGCGGCGUCUGGUCAAACAGAUGGAGGAUUUGGAAGCUUUGGGACAACAGUUGACGAGGUGAUUCUGCUAGCCAAUGGUACUCUCAAUCGCGAGGUGUUGUAUAUGCAUGGAUACCAAGCCCACCAUGAACUGAGCAUGAUCGGCAAGGCCUUUACCAGACACUUCUACGACAUGGCAGACUCAGAGAAACUUUUCGCCUAUUACCAGGGGUGCUCUGAAGGUGGUCGAGAAGGCUGGAGUCAGAUUCAGCGGUUUCCAGAUGAAUGGGAUGGGGCUGUCAUCGGUGCGCCGGCUAUUCAUCUUGCUCAGCAGCAGGUCAACCUUCUGUAUGGAAACAUCGUGCAACAGACUAAGGGUUAUGUUCCGCCUCCUUGUGAAUUGGAGAAGAUCAAUAACCUCACGAUUGAUUCUUGCGAUGCACUCGAUGGCAGGGUUGAUGGAGUCGUCAGCCGGACAGACUUGUGCAAGCUUCAUUUUGACAUCGAAUCAACGAUCGGAGCAUCAUAUUUCUGUCCACAUAGCAAGGACACUUCUCUGAUACAAAAUGGCACAGUCUCUUCAAAGGGAGUUGCUGUUGCUAAAAAGAUUCUUGACGGCCUUCAUACUAUUGAUGGCAGACGUGCUUAUAUAUGGGCCCAGCCGAGUGCCACCUUCGAUUACGUCGCGUCCACAUUUAAUCCACUAUCACAUGAAUGGGAACCAGAGAUAAAUUCCUUGAGCGGAGGCUGGGUAACAAAAUUCCUCGAGCUCCGAGAUGUUGACAACCUCUCAGAUCUGGACGAUGUCACUUACGAUACCUUGGUCGAGUGGAUGAAGAUCGGAUGGCAGCGCUAUGAAGAUGUCCUUCAAACAACAUGGCCAGACCUCUCACCCUUCCAAGAAACAGGAGGAAAGAUCAUUCACUACCAUGGUGAAUCAGACCCUGGGAUCCCGGCCGGCUCAUCUGUCCACUACCAUGAAUCUGUUCGCGAGAUUAUGUAUCCAGACCUCUCCUUCGAGGAGAGUACUCGGAAAAUGAAUGGGUGGAACCGACUAUAUCUCAUCCCAGGUGCUGGUCACUGCUCAUAUAGCUCAAGUCAGCCAAAUGGGCCAUUCCCACAAACUACACUCAAGACUCUGAUCGAUUGGGUCGAGAAGGGACACGAGCCGGACAAGUUGAAUGCUACUGUGCUCCAGGGCAGUCGCAGGGGAACAGAAGAGGAACUUUGCGCUUGGCCACUGCGCCCUCUUUGGAAGGGAAAUGAUUCGCAUAUGGAUUGCGUCUUUGACCUAAGAUCCUACGAUACCUGGCGAGAUAGCUUUGAUGCGUACAAACUACCUCUCUAUUAG